CGACGGAGGCUAGCGUCGUCUACCCCCACCAUCCCAUGCCCGAGACCAAAACCCUCGCUACCGCAGUCGCCAUAAACCCUAAGCUACUAGCUUUCACGCCUCGCCAAGUUUCUCUAGCGAAGAAAGAGACGAAGCAGCGAGCACCCACGGCGGCAUCCCCCAUGGAGACCAAGACGCUCCUCCUCCUCUCCAUAGCUCGGUAUCUGCAGAGCAAUGGAUUCUCCAAGACUCUCAAGAAGUUCCGCGCCGAAGCCCAGCUCGAGGAAGUUAGUUUUAAGGGUUCGACAUUGGAUUUGGAAGAAAUAUGUCUCAACUACUUGAAAACGGCUGGUCAUGCUGCAACAAAGAAUGGCCUAGAGAAAGGUGGUGCACACAUGAUUGGUGAAGGAGAGUCAGGUUCCUUGCCAGAAGCUCUUGAUAAGAAAAAGAAGAAGAGAAGUGGCGAGAGCAAUGUUGAUGCUGCAAAUCAUCAUUCUCAGGAGAUGAAGAAUGGUGCAGUAGAUGAAAAUUUAAAAGGCAAAGAAAAGAAGAAAGGCAAAAAGGAUUCUGAUUUUUCCAGUAAAGACAGUAAAAUUGCGAGCUUGAAAGAGCUAGAAGAGUCUGCUACUGAUGUGACUUGUGGACUGCAGUCAGAUGAGAUUACUGUGAAGGGAAAGGAUAAAAGAAGUAAGAAAAAAGAACUGGUUUCUGAAUCUCUUGUUCCUCAAGAUUUAUCCUCUUUUGAGGGAAAUGACAUUGUUUCCUCCAAAGAUGUGAAGAAGUCUAAAAAAAAGAAAGAGAAAUCUAAGCAUAAAUCAGAUGAUGAGGAGCAAACAAAAGCAGAGAAUGCCAAUGGGGUAUCCUCUAAGGACGGUGAUACUAAGACUUCAGAUGAGGGCAUCAAAGUGAAAAAAGGUUCCAAGAAACGAAAAAGGCUUGAGUCCGAAGAGAAUGAAUGUAAACCUGUUGAUCAGGAUGCACUUGAUGAACCCAAACGGAGAAAGAGUGGUGAUGUUAAGGAUGACAAGGUUGACAGGCAACUUGCAAAAUCAAAUGCAUCAGGAAACAGUAAAGGAGCUAACGACAUGGGAAGUAAUGGACAAAAUGGUCAGUGCAAUCUUACUGAGAAGACUCCUACUAAGCACUUCGAUGAUCCAGACAAUGUCGAAGGGAAUGAUGGAGAAGAAUCUGCUAAGAGCGAAAACAUGAAAAAGCAACGUAAUGGCUCUGCAGAGCCUACAACAGCAAAGGCGUUCCAAAGGAUAAAAGUUGAUGAAGUGUUGUAUGCUGAUGAUAGACUUAAGGAUAAUUCCUAUUGGGCUAAGGAUGGUGCAGAAACUGGCUAUGGUGCAAAAGCACAAGAAGUUCUUGGACAAGUUAGAGGAAGGGAUUUUCGGCAUGAAAAGACAAAGAAGAAGCGCGGAAGUUACAGAGGAGGACAGAUUGAUCUGCAAUCUCACUCGGUGAAGUUUAAUUAUUCUGAUGACGAGUAAACAAAGAGUUUUCGGUUGAAUUUAUAGAGGCCUAAUUGAUUUUGAUAUCCUGCUGGGGAAAUUAAAGUUUACGAGGAUCAGCAAACCGAGGAGUUUCUCUGUGGACGGCAGGAUUCUUCUGCGUUUUGGGUUAAUAUCCGAUCAGCAGAAUAAUCAUUUUUGUUGUGUUCUAUUCUUGGCCUUAGUGGACUACUGUACUGAUUUUUCUUUUUCUUUUUUGACACAAAUGCUUCAUCAGAUGGUUGUAAUGUACCCGGACGUGUAUGCAUUCAAUAGUAUUCACCGCAGCCUGCUUCUUCGUCU